AUGGUAAAUAUCAAGCUAUUUUAUUACUCUGGAUGGGAUAAAGUUUUAUUAUAUCAUGAGUCACAAAAUAAUAUUGAAAAUAAAAUAUGGGAAGAAAGGCCUUUAAAAAAAGUAGAAAAUUGGAUAAAUUGGCAUUAUAUAGAAAUAGAAUUGAUAAGGACCCAUAUGGAGUUUGUCAUGACAAAUGAUUUAAAAUCUGAAUGGGAUAAUCCUCCAAGGUGGGAAAAUCGUAAAAAUUAUAUUAUAUAUGCUGAUAAUAAUUUGCAGAAUAUGAAAAUUUGUUUAAAAGAUGGAAUACUAAGUAUUAUUGAAGAUACUCCUCCAAUAGUUCUUAUUACUGAUUUAGAUGGAACAUUGUUAGGAAGUGAUAAAUAUUUAGAAAUAUUUCAAGAUUUUUGGAUACGUCAACAUGCUUUUAAAGGAUCAAUUUUAAUAUAUUCUACUGGAAGGAAUUUAAAAGAUUUUCUUAAAGUAUCGAAAGAAAAAAGUUUAAUUAGGCCAGAUUAUGCAAUAUGUGGAGUUGGAACUGAAAUAUAUACAUUUCCUGGGAUUCCUAUGAAAAUUUCUGAUUUAACUAAGAGUUUAAAAGAAAGAAUAAAUGAUAAUGAACUUUCAAAUUUAAAUAAUUUUUUAAAAUAUCAAGAUGAAGGAUUAGAAAUUUGUAAUUUAUCACUUGAUAAUGAAAAUAAUACAAAAUAUUAUAAAGAUUUAGAUAUAAUUAAUAGUUUCCCCAUUUGGUGUCCUAAUCGAUUAUAUGCAAGACCAUUGGAAAGUUGGUUUGAUAUAAUAAGUUGUGAAUUUAAUCAUGAAUUAGUUAAAUGUAAUAUUUGUAAUAUACUUAACUUAGAAAAUAUAGAAUAUUACAUAAAUGGCAACAAAUUUCAUGAUCCCUUCCGUCUAUCUAUUUCUAUAUGUAGUGACGACAUAAUAUCAAUAAUAGAUAAAAUUCAGAUAAAUAACAAGAAUUAUAAAUAUGCAAUUAGUGGAAUAGGUAAAUGGAGAUAUCUAGAUAUCCUCCCAUUAUUAGGAGGUAAAGAUAAUUCUGUGAUGUUUUUAUAUGAUAAAUAUAUAAAAAAUAAAAUAACAAUAGAUAAAUUUCUUGUAUGUGGAGAUUCUGGGAAUGAUGCCCAUAUGUUUUCUAUUCCCAAUGUAAAGACAUGUUGUGUAAAUAAUGCACAACAAGAUUUAAAAGAUUAUUUAGUACAUGGGGAUAAUAUAAAAAGUGAUUUAGUAGAUACUUUAGAUAAUGCUAAAGUCACUUCUCAGGGUUUAUUACUUAUAAAGAUUAUGGAAAAGCAGGAUAUUCAACCUCCAUCUAAUGUUUACGUAUCAACUUUAUCAUAUGCAGCAGGUAUUGGGCAAGCUUUAAUGUAUUAUGGAUUUAAUAAAAAUAUCCCAAUUUUCACUUAG